UGUUCUCCUUGACAUUCUCCUUCAUGUUCUCUUUCUUGUUCUUCUCCAAGUUCUACUCCAUGUUCUACUAAAUGUUCUCCGUCAUGUUCUCCUCCAUGUUCUCCUUCACGUUCUCCUACAUGUUCUCUUCCUUGUUCUCCUCCAUGUUCUGCAUCAUGUUCUCCUUCAUAUUCUCCUUAAUGUUCUUCACGUUCUCCUUCAUGUUCUUUUGAGUUCUCCGUCAUGUUUUCCUCCAUGUUCUCUUCCAUGUUGUCCUCAGUGGUCUCCUGCAUGUUCUCCUCCAUGUUCUACUAAAUGUUUUACUCCAUGUUCUCCUUCAUAACCCUAAUAAUCCUUCAGAAGAUCCAGAACAGACAGAACACCUAGAACAUCCAGAACAUCUCGAACAUCUAGAACAGACUGAACAUCCAGAAAAUCUAGAACAUCCAGAACAGACAGAACAGAGAGAACACCCAGAACAGAACCUCCAGAACCUCCAGAACAUGUAGAAAAUCCAGAACAGACAGAACAUCUAGAACAUGUAGACCUUCCAGAAGCCCAGCCUCCAACAGCUGGCUGGUGAGUAGAUCUCUGAUAGUGAGGAAUAGAACAUGUAGAACAUGUAGAACCUCCAGCCUCCAGCAGCUCUACCCGGUGGAGCUGCAGCGUUAAAUCGACCACCUGUUGCUUCCUCUCAGAGACACACUCGCCUCAUUCUUGUGUUUGUGCAGGAACUGAAGCGUGUGCUCUGGUAUGUCAGACACACGGAUCGGAUCAGGCAUGUCGCGUCCUGUCCACCUCCGUCGCUGUAAUCUCUGGAAAAAUGAUCCUGCCUUGUUUCCUGGCAGCCCAGAGACCGGGCUGAGAGUCCGACCGACGGCGACCGGGAGGAAGUCCAGAGCUCCGGCAGGUCGUCGUUCUGCUGCAGCCAACAUGUUGCCGCUCAGAGCUGCAGUCGUCCUGCUGCUGAGCCUCAUCGUCUCUACCUGCACAGGUGAAGGAGGAGACUGCAGCUGUGACAUCAGCAACAGCCGCUGCGACGAGUUCGGAGUCUGCAGGUGUGACCCCGGCUGGGACGGAGAGCGUUGCAACCGCUGCGUUCCGACGCCGGGUUGCGUCCACGGUUCCUGCGACCAGCCAUGGCAGUGUGUGUGCACGUCGGGGUGGGCGGGGCGGUUCUGUGAUAGAGAUCUGAGCGUCUGCUCGCGGCUGCAGCCGUGUCACAACGGCGCCACCUGUGUGAUGGAGGACAGCGGAGACUUCACCUGUCUCUGUCCUGAAGGUUUCCAUGGUCCAACCUGCCAGAGGAGGGCGGGGCCUUGUUACCUGAACAGGUCUGCGUGUAAAAAUGGUGGUCAGUGUGAGGACGCUGACGGCUUUGCGUCAGAGCUGACGUGUCGCUGCCUCGCCGGCUUCACGGGUCGGCGCUGUGAGGUCGAUGUGGAUGACUGUGCGAUGAAACCGUGUGCUAACGGCGCCACCUGCCUGGACGGCGUGAACCGUUUCUCAUGCGUGUGCCCGGCCGGCUUCAGCGGACGUUUCUGCUCCGUGAACCUGGACGACUGCGCCAGCCGGCCAUGUCUGAACGCCGGCCGCUGCCUGGAUGGCGCCGGAGGCUUCCGCUGCGUCUGCCGGCCUGGUUUCAGCGGCGCCGCCUGCGAGACGCCGUGGAGGAGCCGCGAGAGCCGGACCACGCUGGACUGGGCUGGAGGUGGGACGAGGAGUGCCGCCAUCACUAGCGGGGGCGGGAACAGCAGUCGUCAUGGCGACAGGCUGCUGAAGGUGACGGUGAGCGAACGCGGCGGCUGCGGCCCGUCGGAGCCACAGCUCAUCGUCCUGCUGGUGCUGGCGGCCACCACACUGGGCGCUGUGGCGCUGACUGCCACCCUCGUGCUGCAGGGUCACUGCAGGAACUGUGGACACGCCCCCCGCUGGUCAUCACUGACAUCAUCACGGCGCAGCAGGCGGCGAGCGCAGGAACGUCAUAUCAGCUUCCUGAAUGCAGCAGAACUGGAGAAGAAGAAACUCAAUGUGGUUUAGGCCAAUCAGCACGCACCUGAACUGUGACAUCAUCACAGUGACAUCACAGACUUAUUACCCAUAAUGCCUCUCGGCUCAGAAGACCGUGCAGCUGAAACUUCAUUAAUCAAUAACCGAUCAAUAAACUCCAAUAACCUUCUGAUAACACGUUUAAAGAGCUGCAGAUUUAACUUUACAUCAGAACCUCAAAGUGAAAACAUGAUGUCAGACGUUUAAAAGAACCUGACUGGUCUGAGUCAAGCCCUAGACAUGCCCCCUGAUGAUGUCACAGCAGUUCCAGCUGUUCUAUUUUUGGUUCCAAACUUUCAUCAUUUUCUCUUUUUUUACAGUCAAGAAUAAAAUAAAGAAUAUAAUAAAAAGCAAUAAAAUUAAAAUGUGACGAUAACUACAUCACUUUAAAACAUUUUUUAAAAAUAAGAUGAAGAGUCGAGGAAUUAUUAGGUUAAAAAAGUUUUGAAAAUUCAAAUAAAAAAUUUUGUUUAAGUAAUGGAAUCAUUUAAAAUUAUUUAAAAAAUGUAAAAUGCAAAAAAUUUGAAGUAAAAAAUCACAUGAAAAUUUUAAAAAGUCAAAACAUUUAAAUAAAACAAAAUGAAAAAUAGAAUGUUGAAGAAAAAUUUGAAAAAUAUACUUUUUUUAAAAAAGACUUGUAUUAUUUUAUCAUUUAAGAACAAUAAAUCCUGUUUUCAUGUAGAUGGACCUUAAAUUAUACCUCCAGUAGAUGUUUGUGCCGUGGCUGUUUCUGUAAAUAUGAUGCUUAUUUAUUGUGUCGUGUAAAUAAAAGUAUAAAACUGUCA